AUGGCCCCUCAGAGAUAUGAAGCGGUCAAUUCUCAAGACGACGAUGACUUCAAUUCGCCAACAUCUCCACAGUCCCCUCCACCAUCAUUCCGCUCCAGAGCCUCUUCACCCACAUCCCGACGCUUGUUAGCACAGGAUCCUCUAGAAAACCAUCCCGAUCAUGACCUAGAGGAUGCCUUUGACGAUGGAGAAGCCUCAGAUGCCGAUAACGAUGGUGAUGACCGACAGCGAUUGAUGAGGGCCGAUCCGGCCACCUCCAGGUCAAGCCAAUCAAACCUUACAUCACAGUCCAAUGUUGAACGACCAGCCGCACCACUACCAACAUUCAGACCCAUGCCUAUGCCUUCGUCAACGUCAAGACCUACUGAUGGUGUCUUUGCAAAUCUUUCUGCCAAACCCGAGCGCGGCGAACAAUUGGAGGAAAAGCCACCCACAUAUGAACAAGCUGCCGCCGAUGCCACCCCUCCAUACUGGGAGACUACUAUUCUCGCUCCCGGAAUGUCAUCGGACGAGGUCUACGUAGAUGGACUUCCAGUUGGCUCCGUUUUCUCCUUUGUCUGGAACGGAAUGAUCUCAAUGUCCUUCCAACUCGUGGGUUUCCUUCUCACCUAUCUUCUACACACAACACAUGCGGCAAAACACGGCAGUCGCGCUGGUCUAGGAUUGACUUUGGUCCAAUAUGGAUUUUACAUGAGCGGUACCGAAGGCGGAAAUUCGGACACCGGCAACCCUGGUCAAUUCUCAAACUCAUCGCCCCCAGAUCCAAACAGCCACAAUUUUGAUCCUAAUAAUGUCGAUUCAGCUGGCUCAUCCGACAAUGCUGGAGUGGGUGGUCUCUCAAGUACCGACUGGAUUUCUUAUGCCCUGAUGAUUAUCGGUUGGUUUAUAUUGAUUCGCGCCGUAUCCGACUUUUUCCGGGCAAGGCGUCAUGAAGCGUUGGUUCUACAAAGUCCCAAUCGUGGUCUUCCUGUCGCGGUCGUUGCAGAGGGCGAAACCCCAGAGCAAGCUGCAUGA